ACAGGACGCGGGGAAACAUCAAAGCGCGAUUGGCCAGGGGGCGUGCCUUGUAGAGCGCGAGACGAGUUCGCGUGCAGAUUUGGCGCCAGUUUUUUUUCUUGCUUUGGUGCUUCCUGGACCGUGAGUGGUACCCUCAACUUGCAGUGCCGCUAUACUGACCAGCCAUGCCUGUGGAGCAGCCGCCGUCCUCCGGCCCGGUGUCAGAAGCAGAGAUGGGUACUGAAAUGAUAACUCCAGCUAUGAUAAAAGAGGAAGAGAAACUUGAGAAAGCUGCUGAGGCAGAGGAACGGAAGAUGAUGGAAAAGGCUCGGAUGUCAUGGGAAAGAGAUUCCAAUGAAAUGCGGUUUAAAAGACUUCAGCACUUACUUGAGAAAAGCAAUAUUUAUUCCAAGUUCCUCUUAACUAAAAUGGAACAGCAACGACUUGAGGAAAUUAAAAGGAAAGAGAAACUUGAAAAGAAGAAUCAGAAAUUGGAUGAGACUGUGAAGGUGGAAAAACCAACUUCAAAUAAAACUAACAAAAAAGGACCUACAAAGAAAAGGCAACGGGAUGAAGGCUACAUUAUUUCCGAUGUCAUGUCCAAAGAAGACAUUUUAUCUGCAUCCAAGAAGAGCAAACAGGACCCACAGGAUGACGACUCUAGCAAACAAACUGCUGAUGAGAUUGAGAGUAACGGAGAUUCUAACACGGUUAUUAAAGAUCGUUUAUCUCAAGCUGUAAGGCACAGCGCUAAACAUCUUCUCGAUCCGCUGAGGAAAGUGGAUGGCCAGCCAGUUCCUUAUCAGCAGCCAAAAUACUUUAGUGGUGGUAUAAUGCGGUGGUACCAGGUGGAAGGCAUGGAGUGGCUCCGAAUGCUGUGGGAGAAUGGUAUAAAUGGCAUUUUGGCUGAUGAAAUGGGUCUAGGAAAAACUGUGCAAUGUAUUGCAACCAUAUCCAUGAUGGUUGAAAGAGGUGUACCUGGGCCAUUUUUUGUCUGUGGCCCCUUAUCUACCCUCCCUAACUGGAUGUCUGAAUUUAAACGUUUUUCUCCAGAGAUACCUGUAAUCCUCUACCAUGGAGAUCAACGAGAGCGCCGUCAGUUGGCCCAAAAAAUACAUAAACGUGCUGGAGAUUUGCAGAUUUACCCUGUGGUCAUUACUUCCUUUGAGAUCGCAAUGAGAGAUCGUCCUGUUUUACAGCAUAGAUCCUGGAAAUACAUGAUUUUAGAUGAAGGGCAUAGGAUAAAAAAUAUGAACUGCCGGUUAGUGAGAGAACUGAAGCAGUUCAAGUCGGACAACAAGUUGCUUCUUACAGGGACACCCCUACAGAACAACCUGGCAGAACUGUGGUCUCUUCUGCAUUUUCUACUACCUGAUGUAUUUGAUGAUCUUAAAAGCUUUGAGUCUUGGUUUGACAUAGCUGGCAUAUCGCAGAAUGCUGAAGACAUUGUUGCCAAUGAACGCGAACAGAACAUUCUACAUAUGUUGCACCAGAUCUUAACACCCUUUCUGUUGAGAAGAUUGAAAAGUGAUGUGACACUGGAGGUUCCUCCGAAGCGUGAAGUUGUCGUUUAUGCACCUUUGACAAAUAAACAAGAGACUUUCUACACAGCUAUAGUAAACCGGACAAUUCAGCAAAUGCUGAAGCAGGAUAAGUCCCCAGAUCUAAUAGUUUGCUCUAACGGAAGAGGGAAGAGAAAAAGUCGCAAAGUGGUUAAUUACAAUGAGCAGGUUGAGGACACUCCAGAUGAGAUAGAGAAGCUCAUUAAUGCCAUGCUUCAGCAGCAAGAAGUGAAACAGGAAAGACCAAAGGUAGAGGAUGUCCUUCCAGUAGAUGCAGAAAUAAAUCUAAAAAUGAGUAACGUUAUGAUGCUGCUGAGAAAAUGUUGUAAUCAUCCUUAUUUGAUAGAAUAUCCUCUGGAUCCAUUUACUCAGGAGUUUAAGAUCGAUCAAGAACUGAUAAAUUCUUCUGGAAAAUUUUUACUCCUGGAUCGAAUGUUGCCAGAACUGAAAAAAAGAGGACACAAGGUUUUGAUGUUCUCACAAAUGACCAUGAUGUUGGACAUAAUAAUGGAUUACUGCUACUACAGAUGUUUCAACUUCAGCAGGUUGGAUGGAAGUAUGAAGUAUGAAGAAAGAGAAGAAAAUAUGCGGAAAUUUAAUACAGACCCCAAUGUCUUCCUCUUCCUGGUUAGCACACGUGCAGGAGGACUUGGAAUCAAUUUGACUGCAGCAGAUACAGUAAUCAUUUAUGACAGUGACUGGAAUCCACAGAAUGACCUCCAGGCCCAAGACAGAUGUCACCGAAUUGGUCAAACAAAACCAGUUGUGGUCUAUCGUCUUGUGACUGCAAAUACGAUUGAUCAAGCUAUUGUGGAAAGAGCUGCGGCUAAAAGGAAACUAGAAAAGCUGGUGAUUCACAAAAAUAAAUUUAAAGGUGGCCAAAUAGGGAUAAAUCAGUCGAAGAGUUGCUUGGAUCCAAAGGAAUUGCUGGAAUUGCUUCAAUCCCGUGAUCAUGAAAGAGAAGUGAAAGGUUCAAAUGGAAAAGUUAUUAGUGAUAAAGAACUCGAGCUGCUGCUGGAUAGAAGUGACCUUAUUGAACAAAUGAAAAAGAACAAUCCGCCUCAUUCAGAAAAAAAUGGAGUGUUUAAAGUUAUUGAAGAACCAGAAGAAGUUGCAGUUUGACACUUGGACUAUGCUUUAUCUUUCUAAACCAUUUCCUUUGUGACUAGGUUGAAUUAAGAGAUCCAAAUAACUGGUACACUUGAGGUUAACUUAGAGCUUAUAGGUUUCCCAGUGUGCAAAUAGCUUUAUAGAUGUUUUUUUAAUUUAGGACUUAUUCUUAUCAUUGCACUUUUCCUUUAAGAUUCCAAUCAUGACCAAUGUUCCUGUGGAAGCAUUGUGUGGGGUUUUUCAUUUUUGUAUUUGUAUGUUAACAUUGAUAAUAAAAGUUUGUUUUUAUUAAAGCAAAA